CGAGACCGAGACCGAGACCGAGACCCGUCGCCAGUUGCUCUCCCUUGCCCACACACGCCCGUGGAGGGAUUCGGAAGCCGGCUCUACCACCAGUUGCGUUCUUCAUCGCGGAGGCGGCGAUGAUGGACUUGGAUCCCAGGCAUUACGAGCACGUCGCUAUUUCCUCUGGUGUGGAAACUCUGGAUCGUGAUCUUGUUCUUUCGUUGUGUAUAGGCAAUCAAUGAUGGUGAUGAUCGCAACAUUGUCCUAUCAUAUCUUGUGCAUAACUGUUUCAAUGAGACAGCAGAGACCUUGCUUGCUUGUACUGGAAUGAAGCAGCCUGUUGAUUACCUUGUGGACAUGGACAAAAGAAAAUCAAUAUUUCAUUUUGCACUGGAGGGAAAUGCUCUCAAGGCCAUAGAGCUGACAGAACAGCUAGCACCAAACUUACUGGAGGAUAACAAGGAUUUGCAUUUUGAUCUAUUAAGCCUUCACUUUGUCGAUCUGAUCUGUUCAAGGAAAUGCACAGAAGCUUUGGAGUUUGCUCAGACCAAGUUAGCGCCAUUUGGAAAGGUGCAUAAGUAUGUUGAGAAAUUGGAAGACUUUAUGGCUCUGUUAGCUUAUGAAGAGCCUGAAAAAUCACCUUUGUUCCGUUUACUGAGCCCAGACCACCGGCAGGAUGUUGCAGAUUGUCUGAAUCAAGCUAUUUUGGCACAUGCUAAUCUGCCAAGGUAUUCUUCAAUGGAAAGGCUGAUACAGCAAGCAACUGUGGUCAGACAGUGCCUACAUCAGGAGCUUGGCAAGGAUGGGCCUCCACCAUUUUCUUUGAAAGGCUUUCUGAAAAAUUAGACAGCAGAUUGCAUGCUUAGACCUGAUUUACUGGGAGCAUGGCUUGUUUCGUUCUCCUUCAGAUUGCUGCAUAACGUCUACGAUGCAAUGCCGGUAAUGCAGAAUGUAGUUGCGAGAGCAUGGCCAAUGUAAAUGUUAUAUAAUGGGAACCAAUCACAUGUACCAGUUUUUCUGGCGUCCGGUUGUGUAUUUGUUUUUCAAAAGAAAAAAAAAAAUCAUUGAUUUAAGGCCAGGUGGUUUCUGGUUGUGAUGUAUGUGGCUGUUGCUUGUCGCCUACUUGUUGCGAGAGGCUGGAAUGUUGGGGUCUUUUCUUCCCGUUAUUUCAAAGUGUAACUCUAACUAGCAUGUCAUGGUCCACAUCUAUUAUGCCUCUGCAAUUUUUGAUUUGUUGAUCCA